AUGAAUUCUGCGCAUUGGGACACAUUGACAAACUUUGUGAAAUGGUUUGGAAGGGAGGGAAAGUGCAUGGUGGAUGAGACUGAAAAAGGGUGGUAUGUAUAUUAUAUAGACCGUGACCCAGAAAUCAUUUCAUUGCAAGAAGCUCUUGUUCGGAAGGAGAAGAUGGAAUCUGGAAAAGGAAGGGGUGAAAAGAGGAAACUAUCAGCCCUAGAUGAGAUUAUUGAAGAUGAAGAGAAAAAGAAAGAAUAUAUAAACAGAAAGGAAUAUUGGUUGGUGGAAGGAAUUGUUGUGAAAGUGAUAGCAAAGUGUCUGGGUGACAGAUACUGCAGGAAGAACGGUUUUGUGAUUGGAGUGCCAGAUAAGUAUGUAGCUACUGUGUCCAUGUUAGUUAGUGGACACAAAUUGAAACUAGACCAAGAACAUCUUGAAACAGUGUUGCAUGUU